AGUUGCAGCUAGUCGAUCAAACCUCAAACAUGGCUUUAACCGAUCGUCGCUGUUCCGUUGUGAUCUGGAUUUGUGCGUUCGCCUGCCUGGCGACGGUGCACGGCCAGAAUGGUGGUGUUAACUGGAGUGCUGGUAAUGGUGCUGCUGGGGGUGCGGGGGCCGGUGCCUGGUCCAAUGCACAAGGAGCGGGCAUGCGUCCGCCCGGCAGUUUGAGCAACAGCGAUCCGCAGUACAGCUAUGGGUAUGCGGGCGUUGAUUCGCGUGGUCCUUAUGGCGGUGCUGGCGGCAAUGGUGGCUACUAUGUUAGCGGCACCGAUGAGCAUGGCCGACCCUAUUCCUAUAAUGGCGGUUCAAAUGGCCAGUCCAUGCCACCGCCACCCGGUUAUCCCAACAACUAUGGUUACAGAUCGGAUGCGGGGGCGGUGAUGGCGUCUAUGGGCAUGGCACUCGCCUUGGCGCUGCUGGCCUCCAGAUCAUAAUCAUGUGAACCUCACAAAUGUCUAUGUGCAUUGCAAUUCACAUUCAUUUUUUUGUAUUUUUUUUUGUAAUUUGUAAGUCUUAUUUAUACAAAAUGAGUAACAAAGCUAUUACGACGCGUGUCGUGUGAUUAAAAAAAACCAUUGUUGGAUAUAUUUGUAAAAAAAAAGGACUGCUCAUCUUUUCUUUCGCAAAAACGCUUUUAUUUAGAAAAAAGGAUAUCGUGUUUAAUGUAAACAGAUGCUUAACAUGAACAAAUGAAGUCAAUGCCAUUGCCCCCCACCAGCUCCUGCUCGCCACCAAGACCACAUUUCACUGUUUUCGAGAAAUUAUGGAAAAAUACUGAAACUAUUAGCACAUUGUUGUUGUUCUGCUCAA